AUGAGUCGUCCGCUCUUGCUGCUGGGCACGGAGGCCGUGACCAACGUCCAGCUGCACCCUGUCGUCGUGCUGCAGGCACUAGACCGCUCUCUACGUCGUGCUGAGGAUCAGACGCGUGUGAUUGGCACGCUGCUUGGCCGUCGCGAGAGCGGCGUCGUCGAGAUCACGGACUCGUUCGCAGUACCGCACUUAGAGAACGGCGAUGAGGUCGCAGUGGGUCGCGAUUUCCACACGCACAUGUACGAGCUGCACAAGCGCGUGAACGAGAACGAAGUGGUCGUGGGCUGGUACGCCGCCGGGCCGGGUCAGCUCGACGACCACUCGGCGCUUAUCCAUCAGUUCUAUAGCUCCGUGUGCGAGCUGCCUGUGCACUUGGUGCUAAGUACGGACUUAAAAGAUGACGCGCUGGACGUGGCUGCUUAUGUGUCGUCCCCCCUUGAGGUCGUGGAUACGACGCUUGUCCAUCAGUUUAAGCAGAUCCCAGUGACCCAGAAGCUGUCAGAGCCCGAGGUCAUUGCCCUGAACGCCAUGGCACCCAAGAACGGUGAAACAAAAGCCAGGACUCUGCCGAACGAGCUGGAGGCACUCGAGGAGACUAUGGAACAGCUGUACAAGUGCAUUGACGACGCUAGCACAUUUGUAAGCGACGUGGUUACUGGCAAGCAGACAGCGGACGCGAAGCUUGGACAAGAGAUUGCCGACGCAUUAGCAGCGAUCCCGAUGCUACGCGCGGAACAGUUUGACCAGCUCUUCAACACGGGCCUCCAGGAUCUGCUCAUGGUGUCGUACCUGUCUGGACUCACGCAGGCGCAGCUGUCUAUGGCUGAAAAGCUCAUCAACACGUAA